UUUGGGCACACUGGUGAGGUGACAACUUGUCACUGGCAUGAUAAUUUUUUGUAAAGCAAUAGUUUUAUCGCCAUGGAUGAUUCGUUUUUCGGCUUUGACACAAAUCUUCCGGACGACGAUCUUGGCGAUGGACGCAUCGCAGAGGCGGAAUAUGAUGCCCUGAACGACGAGACCUUUGGAUCGGCGAUAAAUGGCGACUGGGAGGAGGCCCACGAGACGAUGGUUCGCCUGGGCGGAAAUGGCGAAAGGGUGCGGAAGCGGCCAGCGGACACCAGCGGUAGCACAGAGUUCGCUGAUCAUGGCAAUGGCGCAUUCCUGCGGCACGGCAAUCCGCUUUCCUCUGCGCCCUCGUCCAGCGGUUCCACUCCCGCUCCGUUUGGAGCUCCCUUUCGGCAGUCGCGGCACAUCGGCGACUCGGAUCUGGAGCUGAACAUCUCCUCGAUGAAGCUGGACGACAUGGAUCUGUCCACGUUCGCCGACAGCGAGGCUGGUGGCUUGAGCAACCGGAUCAACCUGGACUCGGGCGUCUGGGGUUCGCAACCGUUUCCCAAUAAUCAACCUUUGUUCCGAGAACCAAUGCGCAGCGCUUUCAAGCCCCAACAACAGCAGCAGCUACACCAUCAGAUGAAGCCACCGCCUGAGGCAAAUGCCAACUUUCCUCUGCAUCACCUGCCGCCGCCGGCUGGUCCUAAAAUCACCACCCUAGAGGACAUAGAACGCAAUAUGAUCAUCCAGCAAGCGAUCCCCAAACAACAACAGCAGCAGCAACAAAAUCAGCAGCAGUCGGAGCGCAAGAUGUUCGAUGACUUCAGUCUGGGCAACCGACAGCAGGUGGCCACACCAACCAUACUGCAGCAGCAGCAGUUGCAGCAGCAACAACACCAGCAACAGCAACUGCAGCUGCAGCAAAAACAACUGGCGCAACAGCCACCGCAACAACAAGCGCAGCACAAGGCACCCCCUGGAUUUAUGGGAACGCCGCAGACCUCUCCACCCAGGCCAAAUAUGGGUUUUCCCGGUCCCCAUCCACUAGCCGAACUACUGCCCACGCCGCCGUCGCAGCAACAACUGAACGGCUUGGGCGGCAACCGAGUGCCGCCUGGGUUUAUCUACCCGCCAGGCCUGCCCGGAAAUAUGCCGCAAAUGCCACAGCAUCCUCUAAUGCCGCAGCACAUGCCGCCAAACUUUCCAUUGGCCGGCGGAAACCAACGCCCACUACCCAAUCCGCACGCCCUGCCCACGGCUCUGAAUAACUUUGCGAUGCAUCCGAGCUUUAAUGCGAUGCGCGCCGCUGGCAUUCAUCCGGCAGCUUUUAUGCAACCUCCCCAUCCGCACCAGAUGCAGCCACCACGAAUGCCGCCGCACCCGCUGCAAUCCGCCACCAGCCUGCUCGGCCAGCAGCCGAACUCGAUGUACAACAUGUUCAACAUGCGAUUGGUGCAGGAGAUCCAGCAGAAUCAUCCGCUGCUCCAGCAGGCGGCCGUGGCACGUCAGAUGCAGCAAAGCAGGGCCGGAUCCGUGGCCAGCGAUCGGCAGAAGACGCAGAUGCAACAGCAGCAGCUAGGACGACGUCCGGACGGCACAGGGAACUACCCGCUGGAUGAGUACGACGAGUACGCCAAUCUGAUGAGCACGCGCGACAAGCACUGGCUAAUUGGAAUCCAACUAUCGCAGCUUAACACGGACACGCCGUACAUCGACGACUACUACUACACGGUGUUCAGGGAGCGCAAGGCCCAGCAGAACGGGCAAAUGCGCAACAGCCAGGCGCACAAGGAUAACCAGCUGAACCAUCCGCUUACCCAGCCGCGCGGCCAUGCGCAGCUCAUCCUGGUGCAGUUGGGCAACAAGAAUGGCACUCGCAACGGCCACGGACGCGAGCGUCGCAACUCGGAGAACAGCACGGCAGGCAGCACGAACAACGGUUCGGGUGGCAACAACAACAACCUGACCGGUUACAUAUUCUCGCCUCUGAAGUUCGAGAACUCGCUGGGUAAACUGCAGUACGGCAGUGUGACAGCACCGCGGAAAAUCAUCGAUGCCGACAUAAUGAGUGGUGAAUCGAAUGCUGGUGCAGAUGCCAAUGCGACUUCCUCCUCCACGAGCUCGACUCCACUGCCUCCCUCAGCGAGCCAUGAUGUUACCCCCAGCAGCAUGCGCAAGUCGCGUCACAUUCUUCUUCUGAUCGAGACGCUGUAUCGUUAUCUGCUUAAGCUGGAGGAUCUGGAGAGCCCUGAAGUCAUGGCCACCAUAGAGCUGAAAAAGAAGAAGGAAGCGGAGCGCAUAGCGGCCCUCGAGCAACUGGAGAUGGCCAAUAAAACGCCCGAAGAGCGCGCAGCCGAGGCCGCCAAUCCACAGACCAUGAAUCCGCAGCUGAAGAACAAGUUCAACUAUGAGGUAGAGACGAACGCUGCGCUGGUCAACAAGUUGAAGGCGGGUCUCACAUUUGACAAGGUGGUAUCCAUGAUGAAUGUGCGCAAGGGAAAGAUACUUCUCCGCCGCAUUAUGCCCUUUAUCGCGGAUCAAGACAUUCGCUGGAUUGUGUGGAGUGGAGUCUUCUGCUCCCUGCAGACUGUGGUGAAAAAGGACAAGGACGAUGUUGAAGGACUUUUGUUCGCGCUCUAUUCAGAGUUUAAGAAGCACAUAAGCACCGCUAGUUUCGAUAUCCUAGUGAGCAUUUCGGCAGGCAUUACGCUGAACGACAAGAAACUGACCGGAAUAUUCUGCAGUCGCUUUGGGAUUCUAUCGCUGGUUGCCCUGAUACUUCGCGCCGAAGAAAUAUACGUUUCCCGAUCUGACGCAACUCUUAGCGAGGAGAACUGGCAGAAGUGGCGGGAGUUUCUGGCACAUGUGGCUUCUUGCCUCAACCGCACCAUUCAGAACCAGACCAUCUCGGCCGCCAUCGAGUCGGAUGCGAUUCAACCGCUUAUGGACCACUUUGGACGGUUCAAAGAUCUUAAACUGGAUGCGCUUUUAGCAUUAAUAACUGAAGCCAGGCAUCAAAUUGACUAGGUCGCUUUGCUAGAUUUUGAUUUAACUUGAUUGGGGCGUUUCAUAUAAUUGUGAAAUUAUGUAGCCGAGUUCACAUUGCUUUACUCAAUUACGCAUAUGUUUGUAUAAAAUAUGUAUCCAAUACUUACAUAUGUACGACCGUGUUUACUUUUACGCAUACUACACAGAAAUAUUGCUACAGGGUAUACAAAUCUCACACUGAAUUAAGAGAGAGUACUCAGCCGUCAAUAAAUUUUGAUAAUAGUUUGUUAGAAACGUUCUUUUAUCCAAAAUUAUGUGCACUGUACAAGAAAGGUAGAGAGAGGAGGAGAACAUGUUUUAUAAAUAAAAUAUCGAAUGGUAGGUUUUGCUCAUUGUA